AUGAUUGAUCAAUACUUAAGGUUCGCCAUAGCUUCGCGGGAAGAAAUGGAACGAGAAAUGGGAUCGAGAGAGAAGGACAACGAUAUGCAACGUUUGAUUCCUCUAAAAGGAUUAACUUUACCGGAAACUAAUGGCGACGCGAGAGCUUCAUCGCCGGCGGACACCCCUCCGGGAGCUUCCUCCUCUGCACGUCGUUCCGGAAAAGAGGCAUUAGUCAAAGUUAUUCACAGUUGGGCUUCAAAAAAGUUCAUGAGUGGAUGUGUCAUUUUAUUUCCUAUAGCCAUCACAUUUUAUGUAACUUGGUGGUUUAUUCAUUUUGUGGAUGGAUUCUUCUCCCCAAUCUACACACUUCUAGGGAUUAAUAUAUUCGGUCUUGGAUUUGUGACCUCUAUUUCUUUCAUCUUUUUGGUUGGUGUGUUCAUGUCAUCAUGGUUGGGAACCAAUCUUCUUAGUUUGGGAGAGUUUAUAAUAAAGAAGAUGCCUCUCAUGAGCUAUAUUUACACUGCCUCUAAACAAAUCAGUGUUGCAAUAUCACCAGGUCAAAGUUCAAAUGCAUUCAAGGAAGUUGCAAUUAUAAAGCAUCCGAGUGUCGGAGAAUACGCUAUUGGAUUCAUAACAUCGACUCUGAUUCUUCGUAAGAAUUCAGGUGCUGAGGAGCUUUGUUGUGUGUAUGUGCCAACUAACCACCUUUAUAUGGGAGAUAUAGUCCUUGUCAAUUCAAAAGACAUUAUGAGACCCGACAUCUCGGUUCGAGAAGGUAUAGAGAUUGUGAUUUCGGGAGGGAUGUCGAUACCGAAGGUAUUAACUACAACGAAUCCACAAAGCCUUAUUGCACCAAGAGUUGGGAAGUAUGUGAUACCACAAGUAUGAUAUGAACGUAAAGUCCCGUGACAUCCAUUUAACAUGAACUUCAAGCUUUUGCUUGUAAAAACUAAAUUUUUAGGGGUUUGAUUUUGGAGGAUUUCUCUUUUAUUUUGUAAUUUGUAAUUAAUUAAUGGGUU